AUGUCCAGGCAAUACCCUGCCAGAGCCAUGCCUCACAACGCCCCAGCCCCCAUGCAUCACCAGCCUCAAGCACCUCCACAGGGUGCUCCCAUGCCUCAGGGAGCCAGGGGCCCUGCUCCCUUCCACCAGGCCCCGCCUGCUCGCUCCCGCCACACUUCUUCAUCAUAUGCUAGCUCUUCGUCAAGCCUUCGCUCGAGCUAUGCUAGUAUCCCUUCCCCACCCCCAGGCGCAGUCCCUCGGGACCUGCGUCCAAGAGAUGCCGUCCCCAUCUCAGAUAUUCGGCAUGAACGCCUCACAGAGGCUGAUGCCCGCGAGAUCCUCUCGAAAUACUAUGUCAUCCGCCUCGAGAGGAUUCGCAACCCCAACGAUGUUGACGCUCAGGGGUAUCCCCUGAAGCCUUCAUGGGACAGGGUUCACCAGUUCGUCCAGUCAGACUAUCCCCAAGAAGAUGCCAGGCGCAGAGUUGCCCAGCUCAUGAGGGAUACGAAGCCGGUCUAUGAAAAGAAGAGAGCCAAGGAUGUCACCAUCCAACGCCAGAUCGAGCUUGUUUUGGAUGACUUUGCCAGACAAGAACUUGACUCUCGGUACAUCGUCACCUUGGCCCAGUUCGAGUCUCAAUAUCGAAGACUGGAUGACCGCUCAGUCUCAGUUGGCAGACGGAGGAGGAGCCACAAGCAUCAUCACAGCAGAAAGUCCAGAAAACACUACAGCAGAAGCAGAUCUCCUCGAAAGGAGAGACAAGCCAUCAUCAUCUACCUCAAGCGAACUCCCGCCAAGGGAGAGAAUGGCUUGAAGAUGCUUCAAGAGGAGAACCAGCGGAAGGCGAGGCGUGAUAUGCCUGCGCCACCAGUCCACAUCCGCCCAGGUACAACGAGCUAUUCUCCUGUUGCUCCCCAUCCAGCACCGAUCUAUUCCACUCCUGCUCCUCAUCCCUCGUCACCACAAGCUCGGUCUCCUCCUACUCCUCAUCACCCACCACCACCAACCCGCUCUGCCCCUAUCCACCAUCACCCACCUCCAAAUCAUGCGGCCCCUACAGCUCCAGUCAACCCUGGAGCACCACCCAUGAACCCAAAUAUGAGAGGCCAACCUCAGCCGGCGAUGCCAGGCAACCGCCCACCGCCAGGAGCUCAGCCAAGGCAACCUCAGCCGGAUUUUGUCGGAGAGUCUGAUGAUGACUCUGCUGAUGAGUCCGACGACGAGGAUGCCACGCCAGCCAAGCCGUUCAAUCCGGCACAUCCAAAUAAUCCUGGAAACAUGGCACCAGGAACAAGACCACCACCACCUCGCCCUGGCGUUGCUCCCCCAAGGCCUGGUCCAGGAAAUCUCCCCGCCAAUCCAAACGCUGCUCCAGGAUCCCGAGGUCCUCCUCCUCCCAACAUGCCACCCAACCCCAAUGCUGCCCCAGGGCCGCGAGGUCCUCCUCCUAACAUGCCACCAAACCCAAACGCUGCCCCGGGACCUCGAGGACCUCCUCCCAACAUGCCCCCGAAUCCAAAUGGUGCUGCUUGCCAAACCCUCAAGUUGCUCCUCCUCCGCCUAACGCCGCGGGACGAGCACCACCACCAGCACAUGCACCAGGAGUUGGCCCAGGGAGGAUGCCAAAUCCUCAAGCCCGACCACCAUUUGAUCCGCACGCAGCUCCCCAGAAGCCGGGCGUUGGGCCACCAGGAAUGCGUCCGCCCAAUGGCCAAGUAA